UCCCUAACUCAUACGUUCAAGCGCUCGCUCGCCAAGCGGAUGCAAUUUCGGACAAAAAGAAAAGCAAGAAUUAAUUUGUUAUUUUUUUUACGCUCGCAUCACACACUACAAAUGCAAACAAAUAAGUUAACAGUGCUUAAGCAUACAUACACACACAAAUUUGUGAUAACAAAAAUCGAAUGCAUCAUAAUUACAACAAGUGUGCCGCGUGAAUCGGAAUCGUGAAUUGUUUUGUGCGUGUGUGAAAUUUGCUACUAGCAAUAAAAAGGCAAGAAAAAAAGGAAUCCACAACAACAUCCACAAGAGAGCAGUCAGUCUAGGACAACAGCAACAACUGACUCCACAAUCGUACUCUGUGCAUAUACACAUGUGUAUAUGUAUAUGUGUGAAUUUGUAUCGGUUUAACUCGAUUCGAACGCACAAUUGAAGCCGCCGUUGCUCUUGUUUUGGUUGGUUUUCAAUAAAAGAGACGGAGACCAAUGCGAUAGAAAGAAGGUCGUCACAACGCUAGGUGCUAUGCUCCCGUGGAGCGCUACAAUGGGCGCCCUAACGCCCAAACUUUGGGUCACACAACUUGGACUGUAAACAGACAAAACUAGGAGCUAAACUGUCAUUUGAUUGUUUUCUUGUUGUUGGUGUUGAGAGCGAAACUUACUGGCAAAACAAAUGAGGGUGCAACACGUAAGCAACAAAGCAGCAGGUUGACCAACUAAACCAAACCACUAGCAACUCCAAGCACCAACCAGCAACCAAACGUUUCCAAGCAUCUUCUCCAGUGGAGUAGUUAACAGGCGAUCUCUGGGAUUGCUUUAAAAACCAACUCCAGGCAACAACAAAAAAAAAUGUUACAAAACUCGAAUGCAGCGGCAGCAGUAGCGGCAGCGGCAGCGACGCCAAGCACAGCAGCUGCUGCGGCAGCGGCAGCGAACAAUGCGGCGAUAGCUGCGUCAUCCAUACAACCAAAGCUGGUUGUCAUACGAAGGCGUCCGAAUCAGGGCUUCGGUUUUACGCUGCGUCACUUUAUUGCCUAUCCACCGGAAGAUGAUGCCGCCAGUUGGCCUCAGGAAGCAACAAACAUUGUCGGCGGAGGAGGAGGAGGGGGUGGCGGUGGCAGCGGCAGCGGCGGUGUCGUCGGCUUGGAGCCAACGUCACCAACGUCGCUGCCGCCAUACCAAGUGAAAGCGAUGGAGACCAUUUUCAUCAAAGAGGUGCAAGCGAACGGACCGGCUCACUACGCAAACCUGCAGACGGGCGACCGGGUGCUAAUGGUGAACAACACGCCGAUCGCUGGCAUCGCCUACAGCACCAUUGUGUCGAUGAUUAAGCAAACGCCAGCGGUGCUCACGCUGCACGUUGUGCCCAAGGAGUGCGAUGUGCUGCAGAUGCAUUAUACGAGCAUUGCCCAUACGCCGGAAUCGAAUCGUUUAACGAUGUCCGCCCAGGCGACGACACCGUCGCAGUCGCAAUCGCAAUCGCAGUUGCCAAAUGGCGCCGCUUCAUCUGCCAUUAAAUCGACAUUUCCACAGCAACAGUUGAUCUCAUAUCCCGCUGUUGCCAACUCGUCGUCACCAGCAUCAUCCUCAGUAUCGCCAGCGACGCAUGCCCCGCCCCUUCACGGCGGCAGUCGCUCUGGCAGCAUCACCAGCAAUGCCAGCAACAGUAGCCACCAUCAUCAGCAACAUCCGCAUCCGAAUCCGCAUCCGAAUCCGCAUCCGUCGCGUAAUUCAUCACUCACCGGCGGCAGCAACAGCAUUGACUUUGGCGACAUGGCCUAUAGAUUGCGCCAACAGCAUCAGCAACAGCAUCAGGAGCAUCAGCUGCAUCAAGAGCUUUACCAUCCACAUCAGCAACUGCUGUCCAGCAGUUUUAUGCGUGCCAAUCAGCCGCCAAAUCUAACAGUAUUAGGAAGCACAACAGCAACCACGCCCACCACGCGCCAACCGAAAUCGGCAGUGGCCCUGAGUCAGGCACUGUACGCAGUGAAUGCCAGCGGCGCCGAUAACAGCGACCUGAUGAUACGACUGCGCGAGUCCAUUAAACAGAAGGAGGAGUUUCUCAAAUCGCCGCUGCCCUCCGGUGUGUUAUCCGCCUCUGCUUCGGUCGCCUCCUCCUCCAACGGCAACGCCUCGCAAUCGUCACCGCAUCAGCAGCCAGUGCAGCAUUUCUUCCCCUCGCACACACCACCAGGAGUCGGUGGUGGAAGUGGAGGAACUGGAGUCACUGCACAACGUGUACGCCAUCAAGUGCUGCUUAAACAGCAACAGCAACAGCAACUGCAACUGCAACAUCACCCGCAACAACAUCACCCGCAACAACAACAGCAACAACAACAACAGCAGCAACAGCAGGUUGUUCUUGGCUACGACAUGUAUAAUAGCUAUGCAGGCAGUAAACUUGUGGCACGUCCUCUAGGGGCUGUGCCGUCCCAGCAGCGACAGGUGUCGGUCAGCGUUGCCAACAACAGUGCCAAGUACGCCAAGGAGUUGGACUAUUUUGAGACGCUGCAAGAGACGGGCGUGACCAACAAAGUAUUUGAAAGCAAACUGGUAUCGCACAUGUCCAAGGGCUUUGAUCCCUUCAAGCCGCUGUCAAUCAACACAAAUGCCGCCUCCGAAUCGGCAAGCGCCUCCAUUGGAGUUGCCAAAAAGCAAAGUGUUCUCUAUGAAUCCCUGCAACAGCAUCCGCUCCAUCAGAUGCAGGCCAAGUAUCAGCAGAGCAGCAACUCCAGCAGCAGCGCCGUCGAUGGGCAGACCAGCAGUCGCAUGGAACUGCACAAGGCGACACUGGCAAAUGCCACCAUCGAUUCCACACCGAGCAAGUAUAGCAAUAUGCCAGAGCAUCCGCAGACCUCCAGCAGUUCCUCGCAUACUGUUGCCACAUUGGCGGAUAUUGCCGAGAGUAGCGCCGCUGCCAUUGUGGAGACAACAGGCGGAACGGGGAGCGUUGUGCGUCGCUAUAAGCCGCUGGCAUCGAGUUCCUUUGACGAGGGUAAACCGAUGCGUCGCAUCUCGUAUUUGCGUGCCACCAACAAUGAGGCAGAGUAUCAUCCGGAUCCGGCGGCGGACGGAACUCCAGCGAGUGCUGCUGCUGCCGCUGUUGUUGCCGUUGCAGCCGCCGCAGCAGCAGCUGCGGUUGUUGAGCCGCACAAAACGAAGGCGCUGGUUGAAGAGCAUCCCGAUCCCACCUAUGAUGUGAUUGGCGGCGCUGGUGGUGGCCAUGAGUUCAUUGAAACCCCCAAUGGACUGGAAGAUGUCCGUUUGUCCACACACCACGGCAGUCGGCGCGCCUCCAUGAACAGCGACAUGCGCAGCAGCAUUCACAUUGAUGCCGAGCUGAAUGGCAAAUAUGUGCCCAAUGAACUGGAGGCCUUUGAGACGGAGAUUGAGAUAAAAUCAUCGUGCAUCAAUGGCAAGCGCAUGUCCGAAUAUCGUUCGUGGCGUCAGGUGAAACUGGAGAUCAAAGGAGAUUUGCUCCGUAUUUACUCCGGACGCCAUGGCAAGUCGGAGCACAAUGUGAUAGAGCUGGAUAUUAGAAACUUUAAAUUCUAUGAUGAGUCGCAGGACAAGAAGAAGUUCUUAAUACGCAUGCAAUCGAAACCAAGUGCCAGCGGCGCCCACUUGGCCACUUUGGGCAACGAACUUAAUCUGGACGAUGCCCACGACAAGCUGACCUCUUCAGGAAGCAGCAGCGCCGCCGAGCCACAAACGCCAGCGGCAACGGCUCCAUCUUGCGGUCCGUACACGGAGAUUCUCUUCAAGACCAAGAGCAGCAAUGAGAUGAAGCGUCUCUUUGGACUCUUGCAGUGGAAGGAUAGCCUCAACUACGAUGACAACGAGCAACCGGCGGGCAAGCAGCUGGCGGAGCCACAGAAAACCGCUGCCACGUCCAGUUAUCUAGAUGAUGUCGCUGGCGCUGCAGACAGCUCGCCACUGAGCUCGCACUCGGGCGGAGGAUUGGUGGAGGGACCAGCGGCGGCGUCUAUAGCUGCGGCUGCCACAAGUGACUCGAUAUCACCGGUUAUGAAGUUACGCAAGCCAUCGUCUCAUAAGAAUGUGCCAGAAAAGGAUUUGGGCUCACCCAAGUCCAAGAACUGGAAGGAUUUACUGUUCAGACGGGGCGGUGGCAGUGGCGGUGGUGUCGCCCAUGCAGACUUGGCUUCACCCUCGGGCUAUGGCAAUAAAACGGGCGGCUCCAUUGGGCUGCCAUUGCGUGCGUGUCCCAUGUCCAAGAACAAUGCCUAUGUGCCGCAUCUGGUGGAGGUAUGCACCAAUAUUGUGGAAACAAAGGGACUGAGUGUGGUGGGCAUUUAUCGCAUACCCGGCAACAAGGCAGCCAUCUCCGAGCUGUCCGAGCUGGUCAACACAAAGGACUUUCAAUUCGAGAGCUGUGCCACCGACGAUCGAUGGGAGGAUGUCAAUGUGGUCAGCAGUCUGUUGAAGCUAUUCAUACGUAGUCUGCCGGAUGCACUGAUGCCUGCUAGUUUCUAUAUCAACUUCAUUGAGGCGGACAAAAAGACGGGUCUGGAGCGCAUUGUGCUGCUAAGGGAAAUUGUUGAAUCCCUGCCCCGCCAUCCCUAUGAGACAAUGAAGCAUCUCAUUAGACAUCUGUGCCGCGUCAGCGAUAAUUGCGAGGUGAAUCGCAUGGAGCCAAAGAAUCUGGCCAUUAUCUUUGGCCCUUCCAUUAUUCGUACCCCAAACGAUACCCUGGAAACGGCUGUCAAGGAUAUGAAGCAUCAAUGUCGCAUUGUCGAGCUGCUUGUGACACAGUACGAAUACUUCUUUGAGGGCGGCAGUCUGCCGGAUGUGACAGAGCUAAGCGGCGGUGCAGCAGCACCGAGUCCAGCGCAACCACAACAGACGCAAGAGGACCAGACGAGCAUGUUGCUUCACAAUCUGUCCAAAAUUGAACGCAUCACGGAGCGGGAGACGCGCACGUCACGCUUCAUUCCGCAGCUGCGACGACGCACACAUGGCAAACGCAGUGCCGUCAGUGCCUCGGACACGUACUCCGGCGAGAGUGUUCUGUCGCUGGACUACGCCAAGGUCUCGGCGAGCAGCACCACCAGCACCAGCAGCAGCUCGACACUGCAUAGCAGCAAGACCAGCACCACAACCAAGUUGCUCGGCUCGGCAAUUAGCUCAUCCUCGUCGGCGUCAGCGUCGGCAUCGGCAGCGGCCUCAACAACGGCGACCACAACAAAGGCAGCCACCGCGAGCACCAAGAAGCGCAGCACAGGCGGAUUUUUAUCAAGUUCUCGCAACGCACAGACACGCAAGGCCAGCCUCGAUGAGAAGGAUUCGGGCAGUGUGGAUUCCACCGGCAGCAUGGGCAAACAUGAACAGCAGCAAAGGAGCAGCGUUGAUAUCUCCAUUCUCCUCACAGACGAUGACUCCAGCAGUCGCUUGAGCGAUACGGGUUCCAUGUCGCUGACAACCAUCACGGAUACGCUGGACAGCAAGUUGCGCAAUCUGCGUAGCGGUUCCGAGUCGAAUGAUGAGAAUGGUUCACCCGAGUUUCCCAAGAAUCGUCGGCAUACGCUUGGCCAGCCGUUGCACUUGCACUCUGAAAACAUUCCUUAUGCGGAUGAGUCGCCGGAGCGACUGUUCCACAACUUUUGUCCAUUGGACGCACCACACUCGCUGCUGCUGAGCCGCUCCUGCACGGCCACCAACAGUUUGGGCGACAGCAAGGAGGAUAAACAGCAGCAGAUGCAGAUGCAGAUGCAGAUGAUGAUGAAGCCAACGGUAGCACCGCUGCCCGCCAGUUUGCUCAAGGCGGCCCACAAGUUGCAGCACUCGGCCACAGCGCCCAUACAUCAGGGCAGCUCAACGGCGCCGGCAAGUGGCGCUGCCACGCCCACCGCUGGCACUGGCUCCAGUAGCGCAUCGACACCGCUGGCCGGCACGCCCAGCUCCCAGACGGCCAGCACCGUGCAGCGUAACUCGUACAGCAGCAAGAAUCUGCGCUUUAGCAGCUCGCUGGCCUAUGAGCGUGGCAUUGGCGGAGGUGCUGCCGGCUCUGAGGAUGAUUCCGAGGGCUCCACGACCAGUGAUCCCAAGGAGAAGCUGCUAAUGGCGUCGCCGUCGCCGUCGCUUUUUCUCGAGCGCUACAAUAAGAAGCGGCGGGAUCAUCGACUCUUUCGCAGCGCCAGCUUCAACUGUCGCAACUACUCAACGCGACACAUGAGCAGCAGCACGACAGCAGCAGCUGCGGCGGCGGCUGCGGCAGCCGCUUGUUGUUCACCAACGUCGUCGUCGUCAUCGUCGUGGGCACAUGCCGCUGCCGCUCUCACCAAGGACGAAAAGACUGACAUGAAUCUGACCAAAAAGCGACAGAUACAAAACAAACAGAAUCGCUCGAUUAAGCGACGUCACACGGUGGGUGGACCGCAUGACUAUGCGGCCAAUGGUGGUGGUGCUGGUGGUGCUGGAGGUGCUGCUGGUGCUACUGGUGGUCACGAUCUCGCAGCGAUUAAUUACAAUCAUCAUAAUCGGCAUCAUCAGCAGCAGCUGCUGAAAUUGAGCGGUGCGGCUGCCGAGACAACAACCACAACGACAACAACCACCACAGUAUUGCGUAGACUUGGCGCACCACCAGCCGGUGGCACAGCAACAGCAACGGCGACGGCCAGUGCCAGUGUCAGUGGUGUGAAUGAUGCCAAUGUUGCACUGCCCGUCUCUGGAUCCAAUUCGAGCAACAUCAGUAGUGCCACCACCACCAACAACAACAAUAACAACAAUAACAACUCGCCGCUCAGUGAUGGCAGCAAUGGCAACAGUGCAUGCUCUGGCGGUGCAGCUGCUGGUGCAGCUGGAAACGGUGCAACAGCCAACAACAGCAGCGGCAACAGCAGCAGCAGCAGCUCGAAUACCAGCAGCACUAGCGGCACUGGCGUUCCAGCUGGCGGCCUGGCAGCGGGUGACCAAGUGCUCGAAGUGGGCAUCCGCAUCAAGAAUAUCAAUCGAGGUCGCUAUUAAAGCAGGAAUCAGCACAAAAAGAAAAGGAACAGAGAGGGUAAACUGUGUGACACAGAAAGAGAUGGCGACAGAGGAAUUAACAUACAUAAAAAACUAAAGAUAAAAAUACCUUAGUAUUAACUUAGAGGACCUAUACAAAACAAAGAAUCCAACGUAUAUGUAGAAUAUGUUCAAGAGAAAGUAU